UGUCUCCACAAGCAAACACAACAACAAGAGGAAGGAGUAGGAAGUUCCCUUUACAAUUUCCCCACUUGAAAACAAAAACAUUCAUUGACAAAACCCCAAAACUCACACCCUUCUCCUCUCUUUCCUUCCCCAAAAAUCUCUUCUUCUUUACUCCUCUUCCCAAGCACACACACACUCGCACAGACACACACACAAACCAUGGCUAUGCCCAUCUCCAAACUCGAGCAACAACAACAAUGUUCUCACUACUACACUCCCAUACCGUGCCAGCACGACGAUAACUACGUCGUUUUACAACCUCUUGAUCACCACCGCUUCCCCACCAUUCGCCUACCCCCUCGGCGAAUACUCAUUGUCACCGGCGUUAUCUUCCUCCUGAUCUCUGUCAUCUACCUCUUCUGGCCGUCCGAUCCUACUCUCAAGAUCGUACGCUUACGCUUGAACAAACUACACAUCCACACUUUGCCCAUAAUCAACAUUGACGUAUCAUUGCAUGUUACUGUAAAAGUACGCAACGUUGAUGUGUAUUCUAUGGAUUUUACACAUCUCGACAUCGCUCUUAGGUAUAGAGGGAAGAGGCUAGGGCACGUGAGGUCUGGACAAGGUCACGUGAGGGCAUUGGCUUCGUCUUAUGUGGAUGCUGAGCUGGAGUUUAGUGGGGUAGGAGUGUUGUCUGAUGUGGUGUUCUUGCUCGAGGACUUGGCCAGGGGUAAGGUGCCGUUUGAUACUGUUACUAAGGUUGAUGGCAAAUUUGGGUUCUUGUUCUUUGGGAUGCCUUUGAAGGCAAGAAUGUCAUGCGAAAUUCUGAUAAAUACAACCAAUCAAACAAUUGUUCGUCAAAACUGUUCGACUGAGAUGUGAGCUUUAAGGCCAUGAAGGUGGUGCAGCAAAAGCUGAGAAGCUAAAUGGGAGUCCUUGUAUAGACCCUUCAUGUGUACAUAUAACAAGGCUAGGGCUGGGUAGCUGGGUGUGUGAAGCUUGAAACAUGCAUCAGAUAUGAUAUAUGAUCAGAUUUUAACUUCACUUACACUUUCUACGCCUGUUUGCUUUUCUUUUUUUCUUAAAUAUGGUUAUUUAAUUAUAUGUUAUGCAGUGCUGGAAUGUAA